AUGCAGGUUCUUCCUGCGACCCACAUGCCAGCGCGCAUGCCAUCUCCUACCCUCACAAACCCCGAUCUGAUUUUGCCUUUCGAACAUCUUUCUUCCGAAGAGACAUCUCGUGUCAAAAUGAAAGACCCGCAGCUCCCUUCCCCAAUUGCGGACGAUGAAAGAUACUCUAGGUCAGGCUCAAUAGAUCACAAGCCGCGCUUGAAACCUGCCAACCAAAGCCUCAGUCCUUUUCGUAAUGGCAUACUAGCGCAAAAUGAUGCUCAAGUAAUGAGGAGCAACUCCGAGAGAGGGCAUGGGAGAAUCAAGGUGGAAAAUAGCCGGCUCUCAUACCGGCCUAAUGGUGGAAGCCCGACGACCUCGUCUCCUACGGCUCAGGCAAAUGUUAAUGACUUGAGGAUGGACCGCUUCUCAGAGAGCCCGGAAGAGGAUGAUCAUCCACUGCACAACACUUACAAAACCCCCUCGAUACUGGAUGAAGAUGAAGAAGAUCCGGAGUCGCAUGCAGCAAUGACGAGAAGGGCAGAAGAAAUUCUGGCUAAUGCUAAGAAGAGGUUGACUAACAUGGAAGGCAAUCUAAACCGAGCACGCAGCACUUUGGGCUCCAGGCCGUCCUCAUCAAUGUCAUCGUUCGCGGACAGAGAAACACCCUCUCAGCACCAUAUGCAGAGAGAACGGAGAGCGCAUGGAGGCUAUUCCCCCUUGAAGCACCGGCAAGCAAAUCCUUCCCUCAAAGACGAUGCGCAAGGCCACCUGCGAAUAUCCAGUGAGACUUCAGUACCAUCGUCCCUCCAUACAACAGCAGCCAAGGGCCGAGCAGGAGAUGCAACCGGCACGGAACGCAAUGCUGAGCCUGCUAGAUUCUGGAACGGCGGAGUGGGGCGCUCGAUGAGUCUUGCGGAGAGGCAUAAGCGUGGUUUACAGCCACUCAACGAAAAUGGCCCGGCGCCAGAUUCAUUCGAUGGACAAGUAAUACAAGAAGAGGAGGAAGAGGAUUCGGAGAAGGCUCGAUCGCCUCUGAACCGCCAAACAUUUGGAACUCCUGAUUCUCCUCCUCAAAUCUCCCCUACAAGUGGUCUCAAUCGUUCGCGCUCAAUCACGCAAAUGCGCGACUUACGGGAGCAAAUGUCGGACUUAAAAGGCAAGAUAUCUACUUUGAAGCAGAGAGCCAGGGAAGAUAGCCUCCGACGGCGAAGUCUUCAAACUUUGCGCACACCAAGUCCUUUGACCAAUGCCGACGUAGAUUACUCCGGGGUGCAAAGAGCAGAAGAGCAAACCCGUGGCACAGGCCUAGGCAUAGUGGGAGUGCCUCAACCUGAAGCUGGAUCGCGGGUCCCUGAAGUUGAUGACAGAGUCGAUCGGCCCUCGACUGCGCCGGAAGCAACAGUGGCUGUCGAUGCUAAGGGGAUGGAGGAUCGCAUGGAGGUUGAUUCUGGCGUGGGUAUUGCAGAUCAGCCAAGUCACCUUGAGAGAUCACAGCCGGGGGAGCAAAUGGUUUCUGAAGCAAAGAGAGACAUUGAACAGUCACAGGAAGACCGGCACACACGAUAUUUGCCUGAUUAUACCCAAAACGACCGCCAUAUCCCACCAGGUUCAGCGAUACCAAAGCAAGAGAUCGUUGAAGCUCCAAAACUUGUUGAUGAGCCGAUUGACCUUGCAAAUAGCCCUCCCGAACCAGAUGAUUUUCAAGAAGCUGUUGGGGAGCGCCAUGAAGACAGAGCCGAUGCAUUUGACUACGAGCACUUCUUUCUUCAUAGUUCGAUGGGUCAUUAUGGUCGCAAACGCAGUAGCACCCACAGCUCCAAUUACUCGACUGAGACCGAGAGACCACCGACUAUGGUGCUCGAUGAUUCCAUAGCGGAAAGAGACGAAUCUCCUGGCAAACAUAUGAGACAAAAUAGUAGUGAUUCAGUGUCAACUGCAGCAACAUUUGCCACGGCCACGGAAGACCAGAGCAAAAAAGAGGCGGACCUCAAGAAAGAGAGGUCUAAGAAGAAGCACAGGAGAGAGCACUCUGUCACCGAGAAUGGUGUCGCAGCCCCUUCAGAGGAUGCACCCGAACUGUUCAAAUACCUCAAUGCCGUGGUAUCGCGGGACACGGGUGGGUCCAUUACAGAGCUCACAUUAAACGAGAGCGACAGGGAGCUCGCCGAAAGAGUGAUUAAGAGCCUUGCGAAAGUCUGUCGAGAUCUCCACGAAUUUGGGCCAGACCGUGCGAAGUACGAGGCGCGAGUAUGCAGGAGAAAACUGGAUACUGCUCGACGGCAUCUUGAUGGGGAGGUUAAUGGGGAGGCGUUCUAA